CUCAGAAGAGUAGUUUGCUUCUGAUGGAUUUCUCCGGAGAACUGGGGAAAGUCAUUAAGAGAAGUUUCUUUUUUUUUUUGGCUGGGGGGAGGGGAGUGGAAACUCAGGAUAUAAAACCAGGGCUCCCCAUCUUGUUCUUGAUCGAUUCCUCAUCAUCUUCAGACUGCUCCAGUCCUUCAAACUUGAAUUCCAGUACAGACAAGUCUUCAAUCCUUAAUUACAUACUAAAACAUGAACCAAACCAACAACAGCAGCAACAGCAGCAGCAACAGUCAUGAACACGAACUGGACUCAACCCGAACAACAACCCACCACCACCAUCAUCCACCAAAGAGAGAAGAACUGCCGCUCAACAAUUGUAUAACUCAAGUACCCACCCCACCAGACACACCCAAUCUGACUGACUCCGAUCAAGAACUACAACCACAACCACAACCACACCCAAACUCACCCUCAAUCAACAACACUCACUCACUCAUAUCACCACCACCACCACCACUUCAGCUUGCAAUAUCAAAUGUCCACUCCGAUCCCAUCCAUCUAGCCCAUUACUCGCCCAUCAACCAGCCCACGCCUGCUCCCCCCAAACUACUCAACCACACUCUGCAGGAUACUCUAGAAGAUCUCAGCUCACUCUUACAAACCUUCCGCAAGAUCCUGCCUCUCAGCCAUCGACUCGCCCAAUUCGUACCCAGGCUCAUCCAUCGAUUCUCGAGAUCUUGUGUUCAACAGAUGGCUCAGAUGCUCUAUAAUCGAAAUCUUCUAGCUAGUAAUGUUGCUUACGAUCUCGCUAUCCUACUACUCAAAUGGAUCAUCAAUCUCUUCUUCCGUGAGAUUCGUCCGCGUGGAUCCCACAAAAUACCUGACAAAGGACCUCUGAUCUUCGUCGCUGCUCCACAUCACAACCAGUUCCUUGAUCCGGUUAUCUUGAUGUCUGAAGUGCGAGCGGCCGAAAGCGCACGGCGAGUCUCCUUCCUGACGGCGGAAAAGAGCAUGAAACGACCGUUUAUUGGGCUGAUAGCCCGGGUGAUGCAAAGCAUUUCAGUCACACGAGCGACCGACGAUGCAAAAGAUGGGACCGGUCGGAUCUUCUUAUCCUCAAAACAAACCGAUCCAUGUAUUCUCCACGGCAAAAACACGAGAUUUACCCAUGAACUAGCACCCAAGAAACAAAUCUUACUAUCCAAACAGUUAGGAUUUGUGACGGUCGAGGUGGUUGAGAUUCUGGAUGACUGUUGCUUAAGAGUCAAGAAGCCAUUCCCCACUAAGGGGGUCGAGGCCUUGCGCGAGGAGGGAAACAAGAUUGAAGCUGGGAUUGACUCGGACUCAGUAGUUGGAGUCCCAUUCAAGAUUCUUCCUUAUGUCGAUCAAACUCAAAUGUAUGGUAAAGUUUUUGAGAAACUCAAGAAUGGCGGAUGUCUUGGUAUCUUUCCGGAAGGAGGCUCACACGAUCGUACCGAUCUUCUACCGCUUAAGGCUGGAGUUUCGAUCAUGGCAUUAGGCGCGAUGUCUUCCAACCCUGAAAUUACCGUCCGGAUCGUCCCCGUUGGUCUGUCGUAUUUCCAUCCGCAUCGAUUUCGUUCACGGGCUGUUGUCGAAUUUGGAACUCCGAUCGAGAUCCCACAAGAACUUGUUAGAGACUUCGAGAAGGGAGAUGAUCACAAGAAGGCCGCGAUCGGUAAAGUGAUGGAGUUGGUUUACGACGGCCUAAAGAGCGUGACUGUUCAAGCUCCAGAUUAUGAUACUUUACAAGUCAUCCAAGCUGCCCGGAGAUUAUAUCGGCCACCAGAUCGACACGUCAGUCUUAGCACGGUUGUCGAAUUAAACAAACGAUUUAUUACCGGUUACCUGCGUUAUAAGGACGAGCCAAGGGUGAUGGCCUUGAAGUCAAAAACACUGGAAUACAAUAAAUCGAUUAGCUACUUGGGACUCAAGGAUCAUCAAGUCGAGAAAGUCAAUCGACCGUGGUGGAAAAGCUUGAUUUUGUUGUGUUUUCGUGCUGGUUUGGUGACUGGCUGGGGUGUCUUGGCGCUCCCAGGUGUGAUCUUGAAUUCGCCGAUGUUUAUUUGUGCUAGUAUUGUCAGUCGCAAGAAGGCAAGAGAGGCCCUUGCCGCCUCGUCGGUUAAGAUUGCAGGGCGAGAUGUACUUGCGACUUGGAAGGUCUUAGUCUCACUCGGUUUAGCCCCACCGCUUUACAUCAUUUAUGUUGCUGUGGCCAUUUGGCUUGCGGUGAAGUACGAGGUCUCACGGAAAUAUGUGAUGUGGAUCCCGAUGGGCAUGUUGUUUGCUCUUCCAAGUAUUGGAUAUUCUGCGUUGAAAUUUGGUGAAGUAGGAAUGGAUGUCUACAAAUCGCUUAGACCACUAUUACUCUCCCUUCUGGGUGAUCAGAACCAAUUGGAGCGAGUACGCAAGAUGCGGAGCGAAUUGCAAGCAGAAUUACACUCGGUCAUCGAAGAAUAUGCACCCAAGAUCUGGGAGAACUUUGAACAGACUAGGAUCCAUACCCCAUCUGCGGAUGUGGCACCGUUGAGCGGUGAUGGUCGGAAAUCGUUAGGCUUGGGAUAUGGAGGACGAGGGGUGGAUCUGAUUAACCAUCCGUUGAGCUGGUUGGAUGAGAGACUGUUUGGGUGGAGUCAGUACGACUCUCGGCCGUCACAACAGAAACGGCGCCGUCUCCGGCGACUGAAAUCAGAGCCGACUCUUGCAGGCGAACGUGACGAGUUCAGUACGUCGGAGGAGGCGACGACGACGGAUAGUGGGGCGGAUGAGGAUGGUGAUUACGACUCGGUGGUCGGGAUGCUCAGUCGGUUCACUGGGGCUGGGACGGGCAGCGGGUCGAGAAGCCGACGGACUAGCCGUGGAAGUCGGAGUCGGAGUCAGUUGAACCUCACCGAACUUGUGACGACCGAUGAUACUACUACUACUGGGUCUAGUGCAGCCGUCAAGCUCGGCAUGACUGGUGAUCUCAAUCGGAGGAGGAAGCCUUGACCGGCUUUGCAGGCCAAACCCAAACUCAAAAAAACCAAAAAAACAAACAAAUACUCAUCAUGUAUACUGAUCUCUUCUUCUUCCUCCAUUAUUGUGGUUGUAAUUUCCUUGAGGAUAACUCAGCUGUAUGUUUGUACAUCUGUCCAGCUCGACUCUGAGGUCUGCACAUUGUUUUGAUUAUUUAUUUAUUUAUUUACUUAUAUACUCGUGAUCUUUGGUGGCAACCACUGAGCUCUGUUCCUUAUCUAUUAUAUACAAAUAUACAAAUACAUGUUAUCUUUGGUUUUUGACAGUCUAUAUAUAAAUAUAUCAAAGAAUAGUCGUUUUUGUUAUGU